AUGUUCUCUACUCGUUUCUACACUCUCGUCUUCCUCGCCGUCGGCGUGGCAGUUGAGGCAGUUCCUGCACCGAUGAAGCGCAACGACGCGACCCCCGCUCUGGCAGCACGGGCGCCUCAGUUCUCGGUCAACAUCCCCAACAACAUCCCCGUCAGCGGUGCUUUCCCGAACGGCAUCACCGUCACUCCCCAGACGCCGUCUGGCAGCAUCGUUACGGGCAACAACAACUCGACGCUCUUCGGCGCGUUCGGCUUCAAGCGCGACGACAUAGACUCUCGCCAGUUCAACUUCACUCUUCCGAACCAGCUCCCGGUCGAGGGCACGCUCCCCUUCGGUCUCACGGUGACCCAGGGCGCGCAGAACAGCACCGUCGGGCUUCCCUCGGGCUUCCCGUUCAAACGCGGCGUCGAGGCUCGCCAAUUCAACUUUACCCUUCCCAACCAACUGCCUGUUGAGGGAACGCUCCCCUUCGGCCUGACCGUCACGCAAGGUGCACAGAACAGCACAGUCGGUCUCCCGUCGGGCUUCCCAUUCAGGCGCCAAUUCAACUUCACCCUACCUAACCAACUCCCCGUCGAUGGUACCCUUCCCUUCGGCCUCACCGUCACUCAAGGCGCUCAGAACAGCACCGUCGGCCUCCCGUCGGGCUUCCCGUUCAAACGCGAGGACGCGACUCCCGCUCUGGCAGCGCGUGAGCCUCAGUUCUCCGCGAACAUUCCCAACACCAUUCCUGUCAGUGGCACCUUCCCGAACGGGAUCACCGUGACGCCCGGUACGCCUUCGGGCAGCAUCGUCACCGGCAACGACAACUCGACGCUGUUCGGCUUCCUCCCGUUCAAGCGCGACGGCGUGGAGGCGAGGCAGUUCAACUUCACCUUGCCCAACCAGCUGCCCGUCGAGGGCACGCUGCCCUUUGGCUUGACUGUGACCCAGGGCGCGCAGAACAGCACCGUUGAGCUCCCUUCGGGCUUCCCCUUCAAGCGUGAGGUCGGUGUCGAGGCGCGGCAGUUCAACUUCACACUCCCGAACCAGCUCCCUGUUGAGGGGACUCUGCCGUUCGGCUUCACUGUCACGAAGGGCGCGCAGAACAGCACGGUCGGCUUGCCCGCGGGUUUCCCGUUCUGA